AUGGCCUUCGCCCUCCAUCCUCUUUUAUCAACAUACCCCGGCGCCUCCUUCUUCCCAAACGGCAACCUCAAUGGACCCCACCUCGCCGUCCAAUCAGGAGGUCCCUCCUCAGGAUACUGGGGUCAAGUUCCAUGGAAUUUACCUGAAUUUCCAGAAUGGGGUUUACCACCAGCUAUCAUCGCCGCUCAGGAAGGACGGGGUACAGGUGUAUAUGGAUAUACGUUGGAGGGGGGUGGACAGGGGAUGAGGUUUGAUUAUGGCUGGCCGAAAUAUGGACCUAUGCCUUUAAGACCAGAGCUGGGUGGAUUCGUCGGGAAAACCAAUCCAUUCGGUCGAAGUUUCCCACACGGGUUCUACAAGACUACGUACUAG